AUGCUUCGUACACACCAAGAACCAGCGCCGGCACACACUUCGCUCAAGCGCGUCAACGACGAGGCAAACACAGGCUUGCACGCCGCCUCCCUUCUCAACACCCAACACAGCGCCGAUCACUCGUCGCUCUUUUGGCCCUCAUCCGACGCCUCGUCUGCUUUGUCUUCCUCGGUAGUGCUUGUCGAUUCGACGCCCAAGACCGGAUCUCAUCUUGCUCUCGACAACAUCCCGGCUCACUCGGGCACUGAUUUCCUCCAAAUUGGCCUCGCAUCUUUGGACGGCGAUCUUUCUACCUCCUCUGGUCCUCCUUCGGCUACCACAACCAGUGGCACCGACAGCCUCGUCUUUACGACCUCAAGCAACCCGGGCGACCAGUCAUCCCCAGCCAUGAGUUCCAGCAGCAACUAUAACUUUGAGACGCCUUCCCUACACCAAGUUUCGGCGCUCACAGCCCCCUUUGCCACCUCUUCGCCCAACGUCGGCAGCGUCGGUAAUGCCGAUGGUAAUGCUGCCAAAACGUCUCCAUCGCAGAACGAGCCGAGUUGGUACCAUGCAAACUCGCACGAUAAGAAGCCCUAUGACGGCCCCUCUGAUUCCACGAGUUCGAGCAUUCACACUCCUUACUCAUACAAGAGCAACACCGCAGCAAGCGCCCAUCAGGCACAACAGACGCAAUCGGGUUACUACAAUGACCAUGACUACCAUGGACAUGGCGCACACCCGGGCGUGUCUCAGUACUUCCAGCAUCGUGCCUCGAUCUCGGGCCCCCUCAUGGACUCGACACCUUACGCAGAACGCUAUGAGAGUGCCGCAGCCGCACAAGCACCGGCGCCUCCGCGUGUUCAUGGUCUAGCAGCCUGGGAAAACGCUUCCGGAUCUGCACGCCCACACACGGCCGAUGGCCUUUUUGGCCAGUUCGGUUCGGUGGGGACCCACGAUGCAUCUGCAGACUCUUCGAUCAUCAAUCCUGUUGCAUCUAGCUCGCGAUCCUACACUCCUGGAGCUCACGCUGCCGCUCUCGAUGCCUACUACGCACAGCGACGCAUGUCCAUGCCCGAUCCUUCGGUUGCCGGAGGAGGCAGCAAAGUGUUUUCUUACAUGACAUCGGGUGAGGAUGGUGCCAUGAGUUCAUCAUCGUCCGGCAUCAACUCGGGUUCACACGGCUAUGGCGGCCACUACUUUGGCGGCGGCUACAGUGCUGGUGCCAGCAAGAAGCGUCCUCGACGUCGCUACGACGAGAUCGAACGCCUCUACCCUUGCAGCUGGCCCGGCUGCACCAAGAGCUAUGGUACGCUCAACCACCUCAAUGCGCACGUCGCCAUGCAGAAGCACGGACCCAAACGCUCGCCCAGCGAAUUCAAGGACAUGCGCAAGGCAUGGCGCAAGCAGAAAAAGGAAGAGGAGCACCGACGACAAUCGCGACAGAUGAGCUUGACCGAGCAAUCACUCCGUCCCAGUUACAGCAGCUCAAGCUUCGCCGGCUUGCCCUCGAGCGAGCUCGUCGGCAGCACUUCUGGCAACGCUUCGGUGCUUCCGAUUGCGCCACCGCCUGCCUUGAGCGGCGUUGGUCUGCCAGGCAUCGGCCAGAUGCCUAGUUCGCUGGCCCAUCUCAGCCGGUACAGCAUGUCGUCUGCAUCCUCCACUCACAAUACCAACCCUAAUCAGCAGUCGCCUUUCUACCUCAACGGUGCAUCGGCUGACGCUGGCCUCCACUCGGCUGCCUCUUCCCAUGCUCACGCUGCCAGCACCAGCGCCCCGCCUCUGCAGUACUCGAACGGCAAUGAUAGCAGCAGGCUCGGCUACGCCUCGUCGUCCAGUGUCGCACCUGCCGCCACCGGCAAUGCUAACCCGCAGUAUUCCAACUUUGGUGCCUACCUCCACGCCCACCGUGGUAGUGUUCAGUAG